AUGUCGCCCUCCUGUCUUCCACCGUUCAAUGCCUCAGCCAUUCGUAUUGGCAUGUCUGAACUUUCAAAUAUACUCGCUGGUCCUCAAUGGCUGGAUUUCUACAUAAGACUCAUACCAAUGGAGACGGUUUUCGACCCAGGUCGAGUCUAUCUCGGUGAUGGUACAGUGCGUGGGGUUGUUGAACGAGCUUUUAUGGAAGAGAAGAGGGAUAGGUGUCAGCUGGAAGUGUCGCUGUGCAGCCAGGCUAUUGAUUGCGUGCAGCAGCGAUGGAUCAUGCAUAACAUUUUUUACUUCAGCAUGCGACAAUAUGCGGCGUUGCAGCCCCAAUCACGCGCAAUGUCAGCUCAUUCUCAGCAACCUCGAAAUGCGUUGCUAGACCUGACGCGCCCUAUUCAGCAGCUGCAAGAGCCUAUCUGGCAGCUGGGAAAAGAAAGUGCGAAGUCCAUUGACCCCUCAUUCUGCCUGUUGAGCACAUGGGUCCCCCCUGGCGUUCAAGACACCUUGAAUGAAGCACGCAAAGCAGAGCUAUCCACUCAGGCUGGACUGAUGACGACGUACCUCGAUAUUGAUGGUUACAAUUCUCACCAGCGCAAUACCAGUUCUGAGCUGCUUUACUUGCGUGCGAGGAUGCAUCGCGCCAAAGCUGAGGUGGAAGUUUAUGAACUAGCCAUCGAAAAUGCGCCUGCGUCCAAUUUCCUUGACAGAGAUGUUGAUGCCCUUGUAGCUGCAUCGCCUUCAUCAUGUCCAAACCUCUCGCCACUUUUACCUGAGGACGUUUGUCGCUACAAGGAGUACAUCAAUGCCGAAUCGCUCGACGAUAGCACUUCCGAGGAUUCAUGUCAAGGUUCAGGCUCGAUUCUUUAUUCCUGCUACAUCGAUGAUCCGAUUGACUCAGAAUGUCACAGAUGGCAUGUUCUUACUGUUGCAAUUGUUUCCGCGAGGAUUGUUGACGGCAUAAAAUUUGUGGAUUCAAAUCUCACCCCCGCAAGAGGAUUCGCAGCAGCACAAAACGCAAACGUGCGACGAGUCCUUCUAUUUGGCUCUCAGUUGCUUGCAUUGAUGGAAGAUGGUGGGCGGAUGCUAAUCUGGGAGAACAAGCCCUAUGCAACUAUUCAAUUUGACAUCGGGUUUACUGCCACAUCGAUUCUCCAUCCUGUCGCAUAUCUUAACAAAGUUCUAGUUGCUAGCAAUGAGGGCGAUAUGCAACUUUGGAACAUCCGCAGACAGACCUGUUUACACAAAUUUGCUCAUUCUCAAUUGCGCACCAUCUCAGCAGCAUAUGAGCUUAUUGUCGAGUCCCAUUACACUGGGGGUGUCUGUACGGCAGCGAGAUUGUUAGCUUGGCCUCGGACUGGCUGGGCAACGCGGUGGGUAUCCCCACGCCGGGUUCGGUUGCUGUGGCUCACCUGGUUUGCGAUGCUGGAAACAAUCACCCCUCACUUGGCGGUGAAUGGUAUCCACAACGGUACUUGGGCUGCCCAAAAGAUCUUCGAGCGUGCCCAGAUUCCCGAGGAGGUCGGGCCCAUCGUGCAAAACUUGAGGGCUUAUGCCCUACCAUUUUUGCUUGAUCAGUUUGGUAACUGUGGUUCAGUGAACCCUACAAAAUACAAGGGCCUCGUGUCUCGUCUUGCCACGGUACAGCAUUGGGGCUUGACAUCAGAGGCGAGCUUAAAAGCUUGCAGAAGUUGCAGAGAUAGAGUCAAAGGGGGCACAUCCCAACCUGACGACGGAAGCUUGACGAAUGAGGAUGCGUCUGAAGAUGAACAAUGA